GAGGUGGGACUGGAUCGUGUUUGUUUUGGUUGUUGGGGGGCCUUGUUCAGUUCUGUUGUCGUUGCUGCUCAGGUGUGGCAAAGUUCAGUUGGGACAAACAGGAUCUGACAGAAUGAGGGGCGAGCAAGAAGCAAGUUCCGUGAGCGAAUUGGUAAAGUACCAGAAUCGGGUAAAUGUUGUAUUAUGGAUAGACGGAUGCGGCGCGUGUGUAUGGAUAACUGCCGUCGUAGGAAACCUUGAUCGAGUGGACCAGCGACUAAAUUGCGAUGGAUAACCUAUUGGAAAAAUGCACGAAUCUGCUGCUGUUUCUUUCCUAAUGUCGAAAGGGA